UUGGGACAGUCGCAUUGUGCUUGUGGAAUUUCUUCAUAUUUAAAACUUAGUCAUGAUUUAGUGUCAAUUAGCCUAAAAUUCAGCAAUGACCCUCAGAAAAUGCUGCUUUUGCUACGAUCUCCGCAAAGGAGUCAUCAUCCUCGUCUACCUUCAAAUGCUCUUGUACUUCCUCAAGUUACUCUUCGUCCUGUAUCUCCUGACUUCAUUCAUUGCCAAUACAAACUCAGAACAUCCACAAAAUGAGGAGGAAGAAGAAGCGAUCGAGGAAGUUGAAAUAAAAAACUUUGAUUUUGAGAAAUUUUAUUUUGAAACUUUUGUGAUGGAGAGGAAGUACACAAAAUAUAGGAAAUUUGAGCUUGACACAACAAAUGGUGAGGAUUUUGAAGCUGAGCUGCUUAAGCAUGUGAUUGCCAUCAGUGUGUGCAUUUUGGUCAUCAAAGGAGUCCAAAAAAACCAGCCACUCAAAAUAUUCCCAUUCAUGAUUUUCUCAGCAUUUGACAUCGCCUACAAUGUUGUGUUUCUGAUACUUUCAAGUAGCAACAGAAACUCAUCCACCAUACUUGAUACAGUUUUUCUUACCUACACAAUCAUUUGUGUUAGAUCCUUGUACUGUCGAAUGUUGACUGAAACUAAGUUGGCUGCAAUUUGUGUGGCAUGAAGGAAUUUAAUGAAGCUAUUGUGGCUACACUUGAGUCGCUGUUGACCAAAAAGUGUUGUAGGAGCCGAUUAGGGUGUCUAGAGUUAUGUUUAGAGCCGCUGUUUGGAAUUUUGAUACUGUUUGUUGGUUUGAUAUGCUUUUAUAAGGAAUGGGACUGUUUGGACUUGAUUGAGACGGUUUGAUACUGCUUGGAAUGGUACUAAGGUACAGCUGUGAUUUGAAAUUACAUCGGAGACAACACUUCAGUUCCUCAGAAAGGUAGUAAGGAGCGUCUGGACCCCUUUAAACGUUUUGAACCGUGCUCUUGCUGCGGUUUAAACAGGCUCAAAACGUUUAACGAGGGUUCAGACCUUCCUGGCUACGCCCUUGCAGCCAGUACAAAAGAAAUCAGCCACAAAAUCACUUAAAUAUCCAAGAAUAAUGAAUAAAAACAUUAAAAAUGAAGAAAUAAAAUCAAUAAAAAUU